AAGAAGAGACUGGACAGCCAUUUGUCCGAAAUGGUGUAGGGUUUCCUGCCCGAGCAGGGGGUUGGACUAGAUGACCUCCAAGAUCCCUUCCAACUUUACUAUUACUAUUACUAUUUUUAUCUUGAGUCUUUGAGGGGAGACUGUUUUCCCAACAGUGGUCAUUUAAACUUUCAUAUAUUAUGACUUGUAUAUUGCCUAUUUUUUCUUUCUCUAGUCUGUCAACAGACUUGACAGCUUAGAUUUACAUUAUUUAAUUUAUCUCCUGAUUCCAUCAAUCAGUUUCUAUCCAAACCCUUGAAAUCCACAAUUGCUGUAGUCUGUAGAUCACAUGAGUCUGUAGUGGAAUUUGAAAAUUGUUAAUUUUAUGUUAUUGAUAGCAUAAAAUAAAGAUUUGUUGGAAAAAUACUGUGAUUGAAAAAUCAGUAUUUCUGAUGCUGGAAAAUAUAAUUUCAUAUACUAGUACAUGUAGGCCUAAAUACAUUUUUUGCAGUUUCUCGCUGUGAUUUUUGUCAAGGAUAUCACAGUUAGUGUAUCUUGGUUUCCCUCCCCCCACACUUGUCCUCCUUUCUAAUUAUUCAUGUCCUUCUCUGCCUGUUCAGAUAGCUGGUAACCCUACUUGUUAUAAACUUUAAGUUGUCUUAUCUGGAGACCAGAGGGGGUUAUUAUUCCAUUAAUUAAGUCAGUGACGUACUUCAAGCAAGUCAAAGUCUGUCUGAGCUGCUUGUGGACUUUGCAAGUUUUGUUUCCCACUGAUUUAUUAAGCUUCCUCUUCUGCCAUCUCCUAUUGGUUUAGUGGAUAUAACUGCAGGUUGAAGAUCCCCCUCCAAAACUUGUCUGCCUCUCUCUGAAUAUAGAUAAACAAGCCACAUUUCAGUCUGUUUCCUUCUUUCCAAAGAAAGGUCAAAGAGCAUAAUACAGCCAGGAAGGAAGCAGGUGGUAAAAGUAGCUUUCCUGGUCAAAACAAUUAAAAGUAGCAUUGAAGCCUUUUGAUGGCUAGCCAGAAAGCCUGUUCUCAGUGGUUGGUCACAGCAGUUUUAAUCCAGUUAAAAGUGAGAAAGGAACAGUGCCAACUUAAUGGAGACUCACUGUGUUUCUGAUCUGGGGCCAGAGGGAGCUAUUAUAUAUAAGGUUACUGUGGUUUCAACUUUGUAUAUAAUCUCUUCUGCCACCAUUCACAAUGAUCCUCUAUUAUCAAGGUUUUUCAAAUUGUUUUCUGUGGAAUAUGAGGAUUCUAUGAAUAACUCUCCACACUAGGUUUCCUCAAACACAGCCAAUUUCUUUUCACUGGAGAUUUGCCUCUUGAUCAGGGUUCCAGGAAUUUCCUUCCUUCCCCUUCCUUCCUUCCUUCCUUCCUUCCUUCCUUCCUUCCUUCCUUCCUUCCUUCCUUCCUUCUUCCCUUCCCUUCCCUUCCCUUCCCUUCCCUUGCCUUCCUUGAUGUUCAUACUAGAGUAAAAGAGGGCAGAAUCUCAAUUUAUCUGGAGGAUACCUCUGUUCACUGGUGAUUAGUCAAAAAUUGUUCAGACAGAACUUACAUUGUGUUUUUAUAGCUUUUUAAUUUACCCCCAGUCUCUUCAAUAAUUAAUUUAUAUAUGCAUGUUUAUAUUAAAAUGUCCACAUUAGGGUCCCAUUUGGCAACAGCCUGUCUAUUACAAUAUUCUGUUGUAUUUUGAACAAGUGCCCUAAAUAAUUUAAAAAUGGUAAAGUCUGUUAAUUGUGCAAUUUCUAGAGGAAGUAAUUUUUGCAUUUGUGGUUCGGACCAUAGCAAAUCCAGGGGCUAUAGGCUAAAUCAAUAGUCAACACAAACAGAAGAAAGCAAUAGCUUUGGGAAACAUUUCCACCCUGUUGCCAAGUAAACUACAUGGAGAUGUCCAUGUAGUCAUCAGGAUUUCGGCUCAAGGAAACCUUUUAUCUAUUUUGAUAACCCAACCUCCUGAUGUUAAAUAAAGCUUUUUUCUUUUGAGAUGUGAAAACUGAGCUUUGCAUUUGAUCAUCCUCUGGGUUAAAUCCUGAAUUAAGCUAACCAGAUUUCAGUGAUGCUUUUAUACAGUUCAAGCUAAUAUACCAAUUAUACCCAUUCCUAGGAAUGCUGGAUUAGGUUAAGAUAACACAUUUUAUUUGGACUUUUUUGUACCUACAUGAUAGAAUGACCAGAAGACAAUCUUCAUUAAGAACUUUCAUGAUAUGAGGAAUUUAUUCAGAGGCUUUCAGCCAAGUAUCAAGCUCUCAUUUUGGUUUCUCUUCAUAAAUAUUUUAAUGUAAAUUGUGAAAAGGAUUCAUUAUAUUUUACGGUAACUAAGGGCCACAUUCAUUCUUUCUUGCAUUCAAGUUAACAUACUAUCAACUAUUGAGGUCUCUUAGGAAAAUGAAGUAAAAAUGAGAAUUAGAGAUAUUAGAAACAAUUUAUUUCCACAAUUAAAGACACCAGCAAAAAGGUUAGAUUUCCCCAAGUCAGAAGGGAAAGAACUGGAGCAAUGCAAGGAAGUCUCAGCUGAGCUUUUGAGAAAAGCCCAAGAGCUGAAGUGGAAUGGUGUGAAGAUAUACAGGGGCUGAACGGAGAUUAUUGCUUUUGUUUUCCUGAUUUUUGAAGGGAAAAUUGAGGUCUUACUUUGGACAUUUUAAACUUCUUUAAGCUAUUUUAGUGCUUACACAAAACUUUUCAUGCAUUUUCUGUCCCUGUAAUUAAGUCAGAGGAGAGGGACUGCAAAAAAAGGGACUUGGGGUCUGGUCUGCAGGGUGCCUCUCCCUGAGUUAACGGAAGAGGCUUUUUUUGUUGAUACUUCCUAGUAACUAAUCUCUUUUCUAGAAAGCUUUGCACCAGAUGAGGCACAGACCUUGAUCACUGUUGCUUGUCAGGGAGAGAGAUGAUAGAGUCCAACCACCCAAAUAAACAGAACCAAACAGAUGGAACCUUUUCUUUUAAUUUUGGUAUCUGAGAUUCAAUGUACCCUGUCUGAAGAACCUGGUCUCAGGGCUGACAGAAAUAAAAGUAUUAUUAUUAUUAUUAGGUUUCCCAGUUUCACUAAACGUAAAAGAAGCUGGGCGGAGCAUUGAUUUUGUUGGAGCAAUGGAGCUGAAAGAAAUAACAGUUUGUCUUUUCUUCAUUUGCUGUUUUAAUGGUCAAAACCUGUGCUUUUCUCCUGUUCUCGGUGGGCCUUAUCUGGUAAUUAGACCCCAAAAAUCCCACUAUUCAGCCUUGAAGUGCUUUGUAAGCCUUGAUUAGAAGGAUAUCUCUGCCAAAUUGAGCAAUCACAUUUCUUUCAGUCUUAAAACUGAAAUUUGCUUUGGGGAUCAGAAAUAUUACCACAAGCCCUUUUGCCAGUGCUGGUCCCACUCCUUAAUAAAAACAUCAGCGACCAGCAAUCUUUCUGCUGUUUUCUCUCAUUUUCACUGUGGGAGAGGAAGACAGGCUCCAGGGCUUUGAUGUGCAGCCCUUGUAAAUCCAUCGAUGAUGCCUUAUAUGUGCGCUCAUGUGAGUCCCAACCAGCUCCAGCUCCUUUGAAGUGCUCCAGUGACCAAGAUGAAAGUAGUGGAGGGGGAAGAGUCUUUCAAAAGCCAUCAAGCCCUAAUUGCAGAUUGCCACAUCACCCGAUGUUUCUUCAUUCAAAGAAGAAAUACCACAGCCACACAGGAUGCAGAACUUGAGGCUGAAUGGACAGGUGAUACCAGAUCAACACAAACACCAUUGGCCAUUGCAACAGGCUUCAAAGAACCAGUUGGCAUCACUCCAGCCUGCGGAAAUACUCUCCGAAGAGAAAACACCUUUUGUACUGGACUUACAAAGCCUGACAGGCUUAGCCAAUGUGGAUCUGAAUGCCCAGAAUCCAAACAUACAGGUGACCAUUGAAGUGGUGAAUGAUCCUCAAGCAGAGAUAGAGAUGGACUUGCUGAAGGAGACUAGUAAUGAUUGGUCCCUGUCUUCCUCUGAAUGGUUAUCUCAUAAGGACCUCUUUUGGCCUCUUUUCUGGGAAUACACAGAUCCCAUAGAGGAUGGUGAUGAUAAUUUGAACAUAAAGAGCAGGGAUGAAGAGGAGGAGGAGGAAGAGGAAGAUUAUACAUCGGAGUAUGAUGAAGAAGAAAUAGUACUGAGUGGAGUGGGGGGAAAUUGGCAUCAGAGGUGGCCUAAUCGAAAGAAUUGGAUCUUAAAAGAGAAAUACAACUAUGAUUAUGAAGAUGAAGAGGAUUGGAGUCCUUGGUCUUCCUGCAGUGUAACCUGUAGCAGUGGCCAUCAGAAGAGAACUCGGUCUUGUGGUUAUGCAUGCACAGCCACAGAAUCAAGAACUUGUGAGCUGCAGCACUGUCCUGGAGAAGUUGGGGCAAUGGCUUCUACCACUGAAGAGACACCAUCUGAAGCUGAAAAUGCGACGGAGAUUCUGAAUGCAGAUGUGGAUAGUUGUGAGAAAUGGCUUAAUUGCAAGAGUGAUUUCCUCAACAAAUACCUAAGCAAAGUGCUUUCAGACCUACCCAACUGUCCCUGCUCUUACCCUUUAGAAGCUGUUUAUAGUGCUGUAAACUUGCAAGAUGAGCAAAAGGGCAAGAACUUCCGAUGGCAGGAUGCCAGUGGGCCAAAGGAGCGAUUGGACAUCUACAAACCCACAGCCCAUUUCUGCUUGCGUUCCAUGCUAUCCCUGGACAGCACCACUCUAGGUGCCCAGCACUGUUGCUAUGAUGAGAACACCAAGCUUAUUACCCGAGGCAAGGGAGCAGGAGCGCCCAACCUCAUAAACACAGAGUUCUCUCCUGAGUUACACUACAAGGUGGACAUGCUGCCUUGGAUCCUCUGCAAAGGGGACUGGAGUCGAUACCAUGCUGUGCGGCCUCCCAAUAAUGGGCAACAGUGUGCUGUCAACCCUCCAGAAGAUGAAUACCUUUCUCAACUACAGGAGGCCAGAGAGUAUUAAUAUAGUAACCAGAAGGAGGCUGAGGAGAUCAGGAUGCCCCUUCUGUCUCCCUUGCUCAACAACAUAACAUUUAUUGUUUCUCCAACCUCGCCCCAAUAUUUAUAUCAAAGGUCUCUGCAACUUCAGAAUUGUAUGUUAUUUUGUUAUCACCUUAGUAACAAGGUAAGUUUGUAGGGCAGACUAAACAAUCUCCUCAGAGGUUCCAGUCCUGAGUUCUCUAUAACAACCUCUGCUUUCUUUUCUGUCUUUUCUCAACACUUAGACGUUAUCCCAAGCUGACUGGCUUUCAGGGAUGUGUUAGAAGGCUAGCAAUUGUCUGGAGGAUUUGGGACAAGGGUAGAGCCCAAGAAUUUAAGUGGAUAUCUUGAUUCAUUUGCUAUUAUGUUUGCCAUGUCUUACAGUGCAGGUUGUGAAUUCCUUUUGCAUAAAUCAGACGGGUACUCAUGGUGUAUGAAAGUCCAGAAAUAGAUUAAUAUCUCCAAAUUAUGUAUUUAGGUAAAAGGAAACAUUGUCAGAAUCUUUGUAGAAAGAAGAGUCUGGAUGUACUCUUAUGUAAUUUUGGCCCAAUCUUAGGAAAGAAAACAGAAGACACCAUCUUGGUAUGUUACAUUCCAUACAUUUCAGGGAAAACUGGACGAUGAGGUAGAGAUGUUAGAAAGUUAGGAAUGCAAAUUCCAGGAUGGAUAUGAAACAUGCUCUUCCUAAGUGGAGAUGAGGCUAACCUUCAUCCAAAACUGAUGGAACAAACCAAAUCCAGUUUCUGUCUACCUGAAUAAAUAACAUUUUGGAUUGUAUAAUCCUCACCCUCCCAAAACCGCCUUCAAAAGAUGCUACAGGUAUAUGUGAAAGAAUCCAGCUGCCCUGGGAAAGUCACAGUACAUGUAACCUUAGUCCAACUUUCCCUACCAAAUGUUCAUCAUUUCAUAUUCUCUGUCUAUUAGGACAAAAGCUGGGAACUCUGAGGAGUGUAUUAUUAACUUUUCUACAAGACACUAGAUUUGGAAAGUCUUUCCUACACCAUGUCCUUGAACACCUUUCAGGAUGAUGGAAGACUAUAGUUCAAGACCAAAAUGUUCCUGCCGGCACAGCUUUGUGGUUGUGCUGGGCAGAUGGUCCUUGGCAAAAUCUGUAUCUAUGCUUACGCAUUUUGUACUGAAUCCUGUCAGCUACUAAUCCAGUCAAAUCUCUUUACUGUUGCUGCUAACACCACAUGAUAACACUUACCUCAGCGAAAGUCAUCACUCUGCAUACAGAGUCCUGACCCAAUUUCUCCUGUAAGUGCCUGAUAUCCCAUAAAUCAUUGUACCACGAGAGGUUUCUGGUGUCUCUUACAGCUACUGUCUGAAAGGGCCAUGGGUCAUAAAACCCAGCAAGUGGAUAGGAAGGGAACUCCUAAAGUAAUCCUGUUGAAGCUCAGCUAAUCACCAGCUUCCAAAAAUCUCCAUGUCCCCUGGAAGGCCUGCCUGUGGAGACUUGGGUUGCAAUGCUAGGGAAAACACUACUUUUAUGCCAGACUACCUUAAACUGGCUUCAGAUGCUUCAGCAGAAGCCUAAUAAUGAGAUGGUUAUAUUGUGAAAUUCUGUUGAAUAACAGUUAAUGGAUCAUUUUCAUACCACUGCAAGUAGGACAUACUGCUGAGGUCUUCCUGACAUCAACUUUUUCCUCAGUUUAAGACAGACAGCAAUGAGGUAUAAAGGAAAGGGAGAGAAAAAGAAGCAAAGUAAAAGUGACAGUACUCCAAGCCACAUUUAUUCCAAAAUAAUCCCUACCUGUUCCUGCUGCCACUGUCUGUGCUGGCAGUCCUUCUAUCUACCACACUCCCAUUGCAUCUGCUUCGCCAGUCCUUCCCCAGCAUUGUAUGUUUCCACAAUUUGCAAAAAGUAAGUUGCCAGAAAAAAGGCAUCUCCAAAAUCUAAUUACAAGGUCAGUCCCACCAAAGUGGCGUAUGAGAAGAAAAACAUGCUCGUGGAAAGAAGGAGGCCAGCCUUUUUCGGAGAGGGGGAAAUGAAACAGAAAAAGACCUAGAUUCCCUAGCUACAAUAAAACUCCCAGGAAUAUUAAAACAAUCCAGAAACUGAGAAACACAUGCAAGUAACUUAAGGCACAUUCCUGUUAUGAAGAACACACAGCUGUGUUUGUCUGACUUGUGACCUAUCCCCAUCAUCUAAGCCAGAUGGAAUAUCAGAACAUACAAACUGCACUGUUGGACACAUUGCUUAUUUGUAUUGUGGAAUAAGCUGUAUUUUAAGAACUUUAGGGUAAGAAUCUCUGCUGGGGUUUUCUCCUUAUUUGGAAUAAUUGUUGGUUGUAAAUACUAAAAAAUGGAGCAGUGUCUGUGUACAUCUUUAGCCUUUGCAGCCAACCAAUCUAAGGAGACAUGUUCAGUGACAACUAAAUGUGAAAAUAGGUUUUAUAAUGGAGAACCUGGAUUGCCUAGCCAUUCUAUAACUCAACUCAUUUUCUUGCAGGAUUAAAUAGGGAGGUCUCUAUAGCUAUCCCAUCUUAGAUUAGGUUAGGAUGUUUGCAUAACAGGGCUAAGCAAGGAAAGGCCCCUUAACUGGGGUAUUUUGGAUUACAACUACCCUCCCAUACUGUAAUAGGUUUUGGUGUUUAUACUUUAUACUCUGCUCCUGCUCCAGUUAAGAUUGUUUACAGUCACAGCUUCUAGCUUAGGGAUCCUUUUUUUGGUAGAAAUAGGUGGGAUAAGCAAUAUUAAUUACCGUACAUAUUUGUUGGUUUCUGAGGUUGUGAGGAUAAAAACAUUUCCAAAUGAUAUUCUAUUUUUUUAAUCUUUUUUUAAUUUCAGUGGGAUUUUGUCUUCUUUUGAGGCAAUGCAGUUCUUUUCACACAGGCAAGAUGAAAGGAAAGUUAACGUUUGGAAUAUUUGAUAACCAUUAAGAUGUCGCUGGAGGUUUAACAUCUAAGUUCUUCAUAUUUUGGACCUUUCUUUAGUUAAAAGAAGCCCAAUAUUUUGUAUUAAUAAAUUAUAAAAAUUAAACACCUACUUUAAUUGUUUGACAUAAUUUAUUAUGCAAAUGUUAUAUCAGACAACAAAGCCUUCUUUGUUAUGACUUUUUCUCUCCUAAAUUGUGAUUUUUACUAUUUGUUAGAAAUGCUUUUUUUUAAAAAAACAACUAUCUAAUGUUUUAGAUUUAGUACCAAUUAGCAAGUUUCAUCCAGUCCUGGAAUGCAGAUUAUAUGCAUGUUAAUAUAUGUCUAUGCAGUAUUUAUCAUGCCAGCUCCUUGGAUUGCUGCUGUUUUUCUCCCCUGAGGUCACUGAUUGUUAAGUGUUGCUUUAUAGUUGCACUGUUGCUGUCACUGUUGUUUCCUUUCAUUAUUAUUAUUGCAGAAACUGGAUAGAACUUUUAGAAAACCAAAAGCGCCUAUUCCCCUUAAAGACCUAACUGGUGCUUAUGUGCCAUCUGCAUGUUGCUGGAAUGGGAUGGUAGCCAUAUGACCUCUAGUGUACAAAUAAGGAACUAUGUGGAACUGUUGGGUGAAUAAUUGAAUUCAAAUCUUGAUUGAGGCAGGGAAACCUUGCUUAUUAGCUACUUAAUUAUUAUUAGGGCAUUUAUCUCCAAUUAGAAAACUUAAAAUAUUUUGUUGCAUCAAAAUAUGCAAUUGUUGUGGCAAAGUUGUAGCAUCAGGCCAAUUGGGAAAACAAGGCCUCUGUUCUAUUUGUUCUAGAGAGGUUUGUUAUUGUGUGUAAACCUGCAUCUCUCAAAAGUAGCAACAGUAGUAGCUUUACUUAGUUAGUACCUAUAACUAAGCAUGUAAUAACAUAUAUAACCUGCAGUAUUUCGUUUGCAAAUAAAACUCAAUUAAAAAUUAAAGCCAAAUAAUUCCUUGGCACAAUAUAAACAUAUCAACCUGGUUCAGUAAAUUAAAAACCAACUGGCACAAUAAAAUCAACUAAAUACCAUAUAAAACAUAUGAGCAUAAAUUAAAUGUCAAUAUUUCAAACUGUCAAGAAGAGGACUAACUGCUGUUAUUCCAGUGCUGUAGUGGAGGAUGUGUGUAUGUGCCAUCUGACAAAAACCUGCAACUUCAUUGGGUUUUUUUGUGUGGGGGUUACUACCAAGUAGUUAGUGGACCAUAAGUAGCCUGUCUCCUUUUGCUCUUUUCAUGGCUUCAUCAAAUAACAGGUCUUCUGCUUCCACAACGGUAUAUUCGGCUUUGUGGUCAUGAUAUUUUAGAUGGAAUAUUCAUCUGCAAGUUUCGGAUGCUGUUGUCAGCAGUUGGUUUAUUAAGUUUCUGCUUGCCAUUUCCCAUUAUAUUUCAUCCCCCCCCCCCAUUUUGCUGGAAUAAGUUCUGAAGUCAUUACUCCUUCAGUCCUUAUUGAAAUUUGCUAAUUGUUUUACUUUGUUUCAUUUUAGGGUAUUCUGGGUUUUCUUCAUCUUUUCUUUAUUGAUUUCACUGUCUUCUUCUCCAACAUAUAAAAUAGUAAAACUGUAACAAGAGCAUCAUAUGACACAAUGUGUUUAAAAUAUCGCAAUAGAUUAUGCUGCUAUUUUUCUGGAACUUGAUAUGCAAGAAGAGAAAUCUGAGAAUAAGACAUAGAAGUCUAAGCUCAAAGCAUCCAAGUUCAAAGUAUAUGUCAAGGAGAGCAUUCUUGAUCCACAGCAUCACACAUCCUUUUACUGUCUUAGUGAUUAAAUGGUAAGGAUCACCUAGCUGUUGCAUUUUCUAUCACUUUUCCUGUUGACACUGACCUAAUGUUUGUUACAUCAAAAUUAGACCAGCUUGUAGACAAGAGAUCAUUAUAAUUUGUCUGAAGGAAAAAAAAAAGCCCGAGGAAGGGUCCAGAAAUUAUUUAAAUAAUCUGCUUGGAUUACUAUUCCACAGGAGGUACUAAUGAUUUAUUGCCUAAAAUGCAAAUGCUGGUUGCUAAGCAACUAAUUAUACAACAUACCCAUGCCUAUAUCCAGAUGUGAUGGUUGUCUUACAAUCCUUUUUGUAGAUGUUAUUGCCUUUUAGACCAUAACUAUCUGCUAUUCUGGCUUUUAUCCUUUUUGGUGGCAUUUGCUUUGACAGGGAUAGUUAGAAGGUUCCUCUGCAUUGGCAAAAGAUGGAUAACACUAUAUAUUAACUCAUUCUGAGCUGUUGCAAUUGCUUAUGGAUCUCAAUCCUUGUGAAUCUCUGAUUCAGGCAAUAACUUAUGGCUUGUUGGGCCACAAUUAAGGCUAUGACCUGAUAAAUUUUGAUUGUUUAUCCCACUUUCAGAAACCAGCUGGGUCAAAGCUGCAAUAUUGCCAUGCAGAAAGUGGCUGUUAAUGCUACAUCUGUUAACCAUGUAAAGCGUUGGAUAAAUACUAUUAUGCUGAUAUAUUAGUGAAAAUGACACCUCAAGAAAAUCUGGAUAAAACUUGAAGAUGGUAUAAGUGCUUAAGUGAGAAAAUAGCCUGAACUGUCUAAUUUAACAAUUUUGAAAUAGAUAUAUAAUGUACAAAAAAGCAAAUAAACUGCUACAGAUUUUUUUAAACAAAAUAGUUGAACAUUCAUGAAUAAAUCAUCAUGGAAAAGCAGAAUCCAUUGACAAAUGGGUUUUCUCUUUAUUUUCACACACCCUGGAGAUCUGCUACCAAGGCUCCCACAAUCAUAUAAAAGAGAUUGUGUGAGUGCACAAGAACAAGAGAGACAAAUGACAAAAGUUAACGGUGUGAACUUGUGUGAGGUUAAAUUACUCCCAGUGUGUUUUUGGUAGUCAGGUUUGAGAGAGUGGUUUGCUACAUUUAAGCAGCAGCCACUGCAGACUACUAUUAGAACUGAGCUAUACACCACUGCAUCCAUAUGCUCAAUCCAAUUUAGUCGGCAUGGUAAUGGUGGAGAAGGAUGAUAGGAUAUGAGAAAGCUGCCUGUCAGCUUUCAGCCAGAACUGGCCUCCUCCUGUUCUUUACUUCCAAAAAAGACACAUCAUGGACGAGCCCUGGUGGUGCAGUGGUUAGAAUGUAUAGUGCAGGCAAACUCUGCCUGCAGCCUGAAGUUCAGUCCUGAUGGGCUCAAGGUUGACUUAGCCUUCCAUCCUUCCAAGGUUGGUAAAAUGAGGACCCUGAUUGUUGGGGACAAUAUGCUGACAUUGUAAACGGCCCAGAGAGUGGUAAAGCACUAUGGGGUAGUAGUUAAGUCUACCGUAAGUGCCAUUGCUAUAUCCUUUAAAAUAUUGAUAGUCUCUUAGAAGCAAACUAAGCAUAUUUCCUUCCCACAAAUGCUGCAUAAAAAGGAGCAAGUAAAUAAUCUGUGUGAUUGUUCCUUCAUCCGCUGCUCUGGUCUUCCUCUCUACAAAUUCUUUCCAUAACAUAUGGAGCCUUUCCCCAUUGUUGAUUUAGUGCCUAUCAUCUCUGAGGCAGCAGAAAUAUAAUAGCAUAAUAGGGCUGAUUUCCAUCCUUCCUUGAUUGCCUCUGUUGAGUUAAAGUUAUAUUGGUUGAUUUCUUUGUUACCUCCUCUGCAUAACUCAGCCUGCAGACAUCCCCUAAUAUAGAAUAUAGAAUAACAGAGUUGGAAGAGACCUUGGAGAUCUUCUAGUCAACAACCUGCUUAUGCAGGAGAACCUAUACCAUUCUGGACAAAUGGCAGUCCAAUCUCUUCUUUAAAACUUCCAGUAGUGGAACACCCACAACUUCUGGAGGCAAGUAAUCAUAGUACUGCAGCAGGAAAUUUGGGCAGGGGAGAAAGGCUGGCUACAGGAUUCUAUCCAUCAUCUGUGGGCUUCUUCCCUUCCUCCUUUCACUUUAUAUUCUUGUAGCAUGAGCUGAAUAGAAAACAUUAAAAACCUAAGGAACUGAAUCACAAACAGCACUUUUCCUUAGGAAUCCUCUCCUUUUCUUCCUAUAGACAACACAUCCUUGCCUACAGAUCCUUCCAUCUUCUAUGGUAGUUCCAUAGGCAAAUAGGCAGAGCAGGGAAGAAUUGGUUACCUGUACAAUCUUAUUUUAGGCUGUUUCCCAAGAUGUUUCUAUUAGAGAAUUUUAAUUUCUCUAUUGGUGAAAAAAUAAAUCAGAAGCUCUCACAGUUGACUGCAUUUAGCUGAUUCAAAAUAACUUCUUUAUACUUAUAUCAAAAUAUUUACAAUACC